UCCAUUAAAUGUGGGAAACGAGAAACCCCAAGUUCCAAGAGUAGCGAAUCCCUCCACCGUCGCUGUAAAUUGAAAAGCCAACCUCUACCCUUCCUCUUUUGUUACGUACAAGAAAUCUAAGUCUUUCUGUACAAUCCCUCAUCACACCAUUUUUACAUCCCCUCUGCAAGUCUUUUGUUUUCUUAGACCAAAUAGAUCGCAAAGGAGUUAAGAAAUGGGGGCUGGGCGAGAAGUAGCAAUAUCACUUGAUGGAGUGAGGGACAAGAACGUGAUGCAGCUGAAGAAGCUCAACACAGCUCUCUUCCCUGUUCGUUACAACGAUAAGUACUACGCCGAUGCUCUCGCUUCUGGCGAAUUCACCAAGCUUGCAUAUUACAGUGACAUCUGUGUCGGAUCAAUUGCUUGCCGGCUGGAAAAGAAGGAAGGUGGGGCCAUCCGUGUGUACAUCAUGACAUUGGGUGUUUUAGCACCAUAUCGUGGGCUAGGAAUUGGUACAAGGCUAUUGAACCAUGUUCUUGAUCUCUGUUCGAAGCAAAAGAUACCGGAAAUCUACUUGCAUGUUCAGACAAACAAUGAAGAUGCCAUCAACUUCUAUAAGAAAUUUGGAUUUGAAAUCACGGAGACAAUCAAGAACUAUUACACAAACAUUGACCCUCCCGACUGCUUUGUUCUCACCAAGUUCACCGCUCCAUCACAAGCGAAGAAAUAACAAUUAAAAGCUGGUUCAAAUUUACAAAGUUUUGUCGAGGCUGGUCAUGACAGGAAGUGGCAUUAUCUACAUGAAUGUGUGAGAUACACGUAAUUCAGAGACAACCCGCGUCGACUGUUGUCAGUAAGCCAAACCACCGGCAAAUGCAUCUCCGUCAUGAUGUAAACUCUCUGUCAACCAAUACCCAUCCCAUGAACCACCAAUCCUCUGCCAAAAACAAGCUACUAACAGGUAUUAGGAACUAAGUGUUCAAUUCCAAAUUUCUAAUCAAAAGCUACAUUUUGUUAGUUCA